AUGACCAUUCCAAUGAAUAAUGCAAUUGCUAUACACCCUGAUAUAGAAUAUGCUGCAAUUGAAUCACCUGAAGAAACUCGAAAAACUGCUACUCGAAAAAUAUUUAUUGUUGCUAAAGAUUUAAUCUCUAAUAUUUCUCAACUUCUUAAAAAAGAAUUUCAAUUGGUUGGUACAAUUAAAGGCGAAGAAUUGGCGAGAGAUCGUCGAUAUUUUUAUAAAAAUGCAAUGUAUAAUGAUUUGGCUCAAGAAAUUAUUGCGGCAGAUUUUGUAACUGCAAAUAUGGGUACUGGUUUAAUUGGCUCUCAACGUGAUGUCAUUGAAUGUUUUGUUGACGAAAAGGGGAGAUAUACUCGUCAUAUGGGCUAUGAUUUUGAAGGUAAAGAAGUGUUAGGAGAAGGAACUCGAGCUGCUUUAGAGAAAUUAAAGAAAGACGUUCUGUUUGAAUACGAAUAUACUCAUUCUUAUCCUUAUGAUUGGCGUUAUAAUAAACCAGUUAUUAUUCGAAGUUGCCCGCAAUGGUUUAUGGAUGUCUUUUCUUUAAAUAAACGAUGUGAAGAAGCAAUUUAUUCUUAUCCUGGAAUUAAUGUUUCUGCUGGAAAUGUUGAUCUCAGAGCUGCAUUCUCUACAUUUUUUACUCGUCGAAAUGAAUGGUGUAUUUCUCGACAACGUGCUUGGGGUGUUCCUAUUCCAGCAAUUACUCGACAAGAAAUGAGUGGGGAUGUUGAGGAUGUAAAAACAAGUGGGGAAUUUAUUCGUUCAUAUGCUCAAUUAGUUAAAAGUAAGGCAAAUACGGAUUUGUGGUGGACUUUAACACUUGAAGAACUUUCUAGAUUGAAGGGGUUUCCUUUUUCCUCCCUCAAAAAUUUGGAAAAAAGAACAGAAGUAAUGGAUGUAUGGAUGGAUAGUGGACUUACUUGGCAUACUUUAACGCCUAGAAAAAUUGCUGAUGUAGAUUCUGCCCCUUUUAAACAAAUUCUUAUUCAUGGGAUGGCUGUUGAUGAUAAAGGAUCUAAAAUGUCAAAAUCUAAAGGAAAUGUAGUUUUGCCUGAAGCUAUUACCGAUGGCACAUUAGCUAGUGAUCCAGUAGGCGCGGAUGGUCUUCGUUAUUGGGCAGCCUGGAUGGGAGCCGAUUCUCCCGGCGAAAUUCGAAUUGGUCCAAGCAUGGUUAAGGAUCUACAGAGUCGAUUAAAAGGAAUUAGGCUAAUUUUACGUUUUGUACUCGGAACUAUGGAAACUGCCGAGAAGUUAAAUUUAAAUUAUAAUGGAUUUGGAGGAAAUAUUAAAAAUGAAAAUAUGGAUAUACCUCAACUACAAACUUUGGAUAGGUAUAUGCUGGCUCGUUUAAAUGAUUUUUCCAAGUUGAUUCGUUCUCGGUAUAAUGAUUACAGAUUUGGAAAAUUAAUGGAAGAAUAUUUCCAAUUUACACAAAAAGAUGCCUCUUCCUAUAUUACAUCUGUUCGUGAUCGUCUUUAUUGUGAACCAAUUAAUUCAACAUCACAUCAAUCAGUUCUUUUUACAUUAAACAAAUUGGGGUAUACACUUGUCCAAUUAAUAGCUCCAAUUUUGCCACAUUUGACUGCCGAAUUUUUUACAUAUCACCCACAAUUUAAUACUAACGUUGCCUUGGCAUUCCGAGGAGUUUUUGACGUUGAAGAAGAUGAAAGUCAAUUAAAUGAAGCAAUAGGUGAAAAAGAAGAUCUUUAUAUAUUAAUGAGGAUUGUUCAAGAAUUACGGAAUGAAGCUGUUGAUUUAAUUAAUAAGGGAGAACAUCCAAAAUUAAAAACACGUCGAAUAAAGGAAGUUGGCAUUCGGCAUUUUGGUUUAUUAAUUAGUGGAAAUACAGAACAAUUGGCCCCAUUACAAAAAGUAUUUAAAGAAGGUGAAUUAUAUUCAGAAAUUGUUGAACUUUUUGGUUCUUCUUUUGUUCGUCUAUCAGAGGAGAAUAAUUCAUUAAAUUUAAAUAUUCAAUUACUUGAUCCAUUUGCCGAAGGCUUAGAUUGGUGUGGACGUUGUAGAAAAAUAAAUAAUCGAAUUGAAAGAAAAGAGGAAAAAAAUUUGGAAAGAAUUUUACAAAAUAAAAAAGAAGAAGAAAAAGAGAAUGCAACAUUUAAAUUAAAUUUGAAUUGUUCUCCACAAUUAUGUGAGAAAUGUGAAUAUGCAAACCAUAUAAUGCUUGUUAGACAGGAAGAGAACAAAAUAAUACAAAUAGAAGAAAAGGAACAGACGGUGCCAAUUUCAGAAGAAUGCCGCCAACAAAAACAUCUUUAG